AGAGCAGAGAUCUCGUCGCCUGGCAGAUUGCGGAGGAAGGAGGAAGGCUGCUGAGGAUGAGUCUGCAUCACAUCACAUCACAUAACAUAACAUAAGAGGAAUAUCAUAGCUAUAGAUCUAGACACCGUGUUUAGUCUUAGGGCUAGCUCUAGUUUGAUUAUUUGCACGGAUAAGGAGUGAUCCACAGUCCCCCAAGCAGGCAGGAUGGGGAACCGGGGAAUGGAGGAUCUGAUCCCGCUGGUGAAUCGGAUGCAAGACGCGUUCACAGCCAUCGGACAGAAUGCGAACUUGGACCUGCCUCAGAUCGCAGUGGUGGGCGGCCAGAGCGCCGGGAAGAGCUCCGUGCUGGAGAACUUCGUUGGGAAGGACUUCCUUCCUCGCGGUUCAGGCAUCGUCACACGCCGCCCCCUGGUCCUGCAGCUCAUCAACUCCCCCACAGAGUAUGCAGAGUUUUUGCACUGCAAGGGGAAGAAAUUUACAGAUUUCGAUGAAGUGCGGCAGGAGAUCGAGGCGGAGACGGAUCGUGUCACUGGGCAGAAUAAAGGCAUUUCUCCAGUCCCUAUUAACCUGCGUGUCUGCUCCCCUAAUGUACUGAACCUGACUCUGGUGGAUUUGCCGGGAAUGACUAAAGUGCCGGUCGGCGACCAGCCGGUGGACAUCGAGCACCAAAUCAAGGAAAUGCUCAUGCAGUUUGUUACGAAGGAGAACUGCCUGCUGCUGGCUGUAUCUCCUGCUAACUCCGACCUCGCCAACUCCGACGCUCUGAAGAUUGCCAAAGAAGUGGAUCCGCAAGGUCAGCGCACCAUCGGUGUGAUCACCAAACUGGAUCUGAUGGAUGAAGGAACAGACGCUCGAGAUAUUCUAGAAAACAAGCUGUUACCACUGCGCCGAGGCUACAUCGGUGUGGUGAACCGCAGUCAGAAAGACAUUGAUGGGAAGAAGGACAUCACUGCCGCUAUGGCUGCUGAGAGGAAGUUCUUCCUGUCGCAUCCUGCCUACAGACACCUGGCAGAUCGUAUGGGAACGGCUUACCUGCAGAAAGUCCUCAACCAGCAACUGACCAAUCAUAUCCGAGACACACUGCCCGGACUGCGCAGUAAGCUCCAGAGCCAGCUGCUGUCCAUCGAGAAAGAGGUGGAGGAGUACAAGAACUUCCGCCCGGAUGACCCGUCUCGCAAGACCAAGGCCUUGUUACAGAUGGUGCAGCAGUUCUCUGUGGAUUUUGAGAAGCGUAUAGAGGGCUCGGGUGAUCAGAUCGAGACCUAUGAGCUCUCAGGCGGAGCGAGGAUCAACCGUAUCUUCCACGAACGCUUCCCUUUUGAACUGGUCAAGAUGGAGUUUGAUGAAAAGGAGCUGCGCAAGGAGAUCAGCUACGCCAUCAAGAACAUUCACGGCAUCAGAACUGGGCUCUUCACCCCGGACAUGGCCUUUGAGACCAUUGUGAAAAGGCAGAUCACGAAGAUUAAAGAGCCUUGCCAGAAAUGCGUGGACAUGGUCAUUUCUGAGCUAGUCAAUACUGUUAGGCAGUGUACCAAGAAGCUGGCCCAGUACCCCAUGCUGCGAGAGGAAAUGGAAAGAAUCGUCACUCAGCACAUCCGUGAUCGUGAGAGUCGCACCAAGGAUCAGGUGAUGCUUCUUAUUGACAUCGAGCUGGCUUACAUGAACACCAACCAUGAAGAUUUCAUCGGAUUUGCCAAUGCACAGCAGAGAAGCAGCCAAAUGAGCAAGAAGAAGGCGGCUGGCAACCAGGAUGAGAUCAUGGUUAUCAGGAAGGGCUGGCUGACCAUCAACAACAUCAGCAUCAUGAAAGGUGGCGCUAAAGAGUACUGGUUCGUGCUGACGGCUGAAUCGCUCUCCUGGUACAAGGAUGACGAGGAGAAAGAGAAGAAGUACAUGCUGCAGGUGGACAACCUGAAGCUGAGAGACGUGGAGAAGAGUUUCAUGUCCAGCAAGCACAUCUUCGCCCUGUUCAACACCGAGCAGAGGAACGUGUAUAAAGACUAUCGUCAGCUGGAGUUGGCCUGUGAGAGUCAGGAGGACGUGGAUGGCUGGAAGGCCUCGUUCCUCAGAGCCGGUGUUUAUCCAGAGCGUGUGAGUGAUGCGAGCGAGGAGAACGGCUCGGACAGCUUCAUGCACUCCAUGGACCCCCAGCUGGAGAGGCAGGUGGAGACCAUCCGCAACCUGGUGGACUCCUACAUGGGCAUCGUCAACAAGACCGUCCGUGAUCUUAUGCCCAAGACCAUCAUGCACCUCAUGAUUAACAACACGAAGGAGUUCAUUAACGCGGAGUUACUGGCUCAGCUUUAUUCCUGCGGUGAUCAGAACACUCUGAUGGAGGAGUCGGCCGAGCAGGGUCAGCAUCGGGACGAGAUGCUGCGCAUGUACCACGCGCUCAAAGAAGCCCUCAGCAUCAUCGGCGACAUCAGCACCAGCACGGUGACCACGGCUCUGCCUCCACCCGUCGACGACUCGUGGCUACAGGUUCAGCGCAUUGGCUCUGGGGGAAGGUCUCCAGCUACCAGUCCCACCCCUCAGAGACGAGCCCCUCCUCCAGGUCCCCCAGGCCGCCCUGUUUCUCGUGGCUCCGCCCCAGGCCCUCCUGCUGCUGGUGGGCCUCCUUUGCCGUCUCGCCCCGGGGCGUCUCCGGACCCGUUUGGAGGCCCGCCCCCUCAGGUGCCCUCCCGGCCUAACCGGGCCCCUCCCAGCGUACCCAGCCGACGACCCCCGGCCUCACCCACCCGACCCAUGUGAUCCACAGACUCCUCCCUCUAGACUAUUAGCUCCUCCCACCAGACCUAAGGGGACAGACAUCCAGGGCACCUAGAUCCCCUUUAUCCUCUUCUCCUUCAGAUUCACUCCAGCAUGAACACACACACUUCACACACACUACACAGGGUUCCAUGUCAUGUUUUCUUUCUCGUUAUUAUUUUACUCUCUCUACAUUUCUUUCUCCUUCAUGUUUUUCUAACGAUCCUUGACUUCUGUUGUGAUUGUUUUUUUAUUUUUAUUUUUUUCUUUCUGCUGAAUGAAAGUUCUUUUCUGAAGCUGAUGCAUUAUCACUCCCAGGUGAUGACUGGAGUAACGAGUAUAACUGCAUCUAUUUGUGGAGUGCGCUUUUAUACACGUUCGUUUCCGUUACGUUAUUUGUCUUUGUUUUUGUUUUUUUUGUCCUUCUGUUUCUCGAGCAGCGCUCCUUGAAGUCACAGGCGGGAAGAUGACACCCCACUAAGCUGAAGGGUAAUAAACUUUACAGUGGUUCUGAUUUGAUGACCAGAUUUUAAAAUCGCACACAUCUAGCUCUAAACGGUUCCGUUCGAUUGACGGUUUAAGUACGAUCCCAGGCUCUUGCCUUCCAGCCUUGCUGACUUUGGGGACGCCAUUUUACUUACUACUGCUUUAAUAUUACUUUCGUUAUUCACUCUUCUUUCUCUCUUUUUCCUCCUCGUGUUGCUCAGGCGGCCGAGCAGGGGCAGCCCUUCACACCCCGAGAGCCCUCUUCCUUCAUCUGACUCCUAACUACCCCGUCCUUUUUCCCUCUGCUCUUCUCCUACUUCAUUUUCUCUUCUCUUUCUCCCCGUCCCCUUUAUCCUCGUUUCUUCAUCUCCCUUCUUUCUUGCUCUGUCGUUUUCUCUUACUUCUCUUUCUUUUUCAGUUCGGUCUCUUUUCUACUUUCCUUUUUACUUGAUUUUAUGUUCUCGUCUCGUCUCUAUUCCUCUUCCUUUUGGUUUAUUCUCUUCUUCCUUCCUGCAUUUUCUUUCCCCUUUAUUCUUCGUUAUUUCUUCUUCCUCACCCUUCUUUCUCUUCGUCCUUGUCUUUUUCUUUUCUGGUACAUAUUCUCUCUCUCUCUCUUCUUGCAUCCUCCCCUCUUUUAUUUCUCUAUCAUUUUCUCUCCUUCCUUCACUUUCUUUCUUUCUUCAGUUGCCUUCUUUGCUUUCCUUUUUUUUUUUUUAACUUUAUCCUUCCCCUUUUCUUUCCCCCCAUGCUCCUGAUCCACCUCCCCAUCUCUCCCACCUUUAUUUUGCUCUUCUUAGAUUUCCUUCUUCCUUUUCUCCUCUUCCAUUUUCGUUCCUUCCAUCACUUUUGUUUUUGUUACUUCUUCCUUCCCUCUCUCGUCCACCCUUUCCUCUUCUUCUUCUUUGUCCUUCCUCUCAAACUCCCUCCAUGAUCACCAUUAGGCAACCCUAAACUAAACCCCACCAGCACAACUCACUCUCUCUCACACACACACACGACACACAGUGAGGAGAGGCGGAAGAGAAAACCAGACGGAAACCCCUUCAGAUGUAACUCCUCUUCCUCAUUCCACCUGCUUCUUUAAAGGACAGAUGCUCUUCUACAUUCCACACGAAGUGGAGGAGCAGCGACGCCACCACCGUGCUGUGAGAGACGUGUAGUGUUCCUGUUGUCGUUGUCGUCUCUUUGCUUCUUCGCCGGAUUUCUCCAAAACCAUCUGGACUCACGUGAGGGCCAUGAACACUGUCUCGAUGUUUAAUCUCUAUUGUAACGUACAUGUACGCUGUAGCCAAGGUUCCCCGAAUUUCUCAUCAUGUCCACGUCGUCACGUCCGUACCGAAACGUCCCGGACCCUGUACGUGUUCACCCUCGUGACAUUUCUCCCAGACGUCACUUUUCCACGUAGCGAACGCGGUCACAUUUUCCGCAGGCGGGAUCUAUACAGAAAGUGCAAUAUGCCUACAGAUCGGUUACCAUUCACACCGUCUUAACGCGUCGUCGACCCGAACUUCAAGAAGAUAAACGUGUACACGAAAUGUGCAACAUCUGUUUAACAUCAGCUACUCUUAUUCUCUGUGGGGGAGGGGGGAAAAAAACAAAACAACAAAGCAUCGUAUCAUUACUAGCAUCUCCACAGGUGCUUAACUUCUUAAGUCGUUUAUGCAAACGUAUCAUCUUACUUAUGAUUUUGUGUGUUUGAUUUAUUGUCCAUUUAGAAAAUCGGGUUUCGAAGGGAUAAUUUAAAAGAAAAAUCAAAACGGACAAAUCGAGUCGAUCAGCCGGGACGUCCAGGGCGUCCGAAGUUUGCUUUAUUCGUUUACCUAAAAACAAGACUUUUCUCGCAAACGUAUUCCUGCACCGGUUUUACAAUCAUACCGUGCAAAUAUCUGUUCUGAGGAACGAGUUAUUAUACACAUCUGUUACUAUUUUAUAUAGGCUAUACGAUCACACAUGCAGUUCGUUAAUCCAACACGGUUAUUGCUCCUACGCUCUCGUGUUGUACGGGAGUACGGUUGCGGCACAAAACGCAUAUAAAUCGUACGCUAUUUAAAUUAUGGACACACACUCCGUACAUAUAUUAUAUAUUUAUAUAAAUAAUAUAGCAUGAAUAGGUUGUUUAGCUAGAAAUAGGAAUUGAGCAAAAAAAAAAAAAAAAAAAAAGCCACAUUGAUUAAGAUGUUGGUGUAUUGGACUGCAGUGCUUGCAUCGUGCUGCGAGAUACGUUUAGAUCUGAUAAGUGUAGUGUAAAAUGAUAUUAUUUAUUUAAAGAAAAAGGAAAAAAAAAAAAAAAAAAGGUGGUUUCUGUUCUGAAAUCUGAGCCACGUUCGAAGCUGUGGUAAAAUCCUCGAUAUACACAUAUCAGCCAUCACAUUAAAACCAUCGACAGGUGACGCGAAUAACACCGAGUACCUCGUUACAGCGGCACCUGUCAGGGGGCGGGAUUUGUUCAUUAAGAAGGAAGUGAACAGUCAGUUCUCAAAGUUGAGGUGUUGGAAGCAGGAAAAAAAUGGGCAAGCGUAGGGAUUUGAGAGAUUGUGAUGGCUUAGAUGAGUGGGUCAGAGCAGCUCUCAAAAAAUAAAUAAAAAUGGCUGAUCGGUGUACACUCACACACACGGCCGCAUCAUAAUAUUUCAAAUCUGUAUCAACGCGAGUUAAACAAUAAAACCGUCGCGGCCGGUGUGCUAUCCAUAUAAUGGCCUAAUCUUUGUCGAUGAUGUUGCUUAGCAACCAAAGCUUACUAUUAAACAGACUACAUAGUGGAAGAAUUAUUAGUCUUGGUUUUUUUUUUUAAAUAAAUGUAUUUUAUUGCGAAUACUAUUCAUUUAUUUAAAUUUAUUGAACACUUAAGUUUUUUUGUUUUCAUAAAUGCAAUGAGUCUCUCACAUCCUGCCUAAGAGCACCGUUCCAAAACGACCACGGCUCACCUUGGAGCAACUCCUCCAAGAAGCGAAACGUGUGGAGGAACUCUACUUAAAUCGAGACUUAACGGGAAAGAAUUUAAGCUACGAAAAAUUCGCUUCGCCGCACCAAGUAAAGAAGCAAACUUCAGACACCGAACACGUCUUGAUCUGUGGAAAGUGGGGGGGGGGAAAAGGUGUUCGUUUGAUUUUCAGUGAUUAUUCCUUUCGAAAACACUAGCUACAAAUAAGCUGGUCUAUGCAUAGAGAUCUUACGCUGCCUUCAAAUACUGUCAGUAAUAUCGUAACCACCAGGUGAACACACUUGAACGCCACGACAACGCCGUAAUUACUACACGGGAACUUGUAAAUUUCUCAUUACGAGUCCCAAUUGCCCCCCCCCCCCAAAAAAAACAACAACAAACAAACACUUGAACACACCAUGUUGUAAUCAAGACCUCCAAAGUCAUAUGCACGAAUUUCCCAGGAGGACUUGAAGGCAGCUUUAAUCAUUUGCUCUUAAAACGGUCUCAACCCUUCAUCGGUAUGUAUGUGUGUUGUAACAAACCUGAUCGUACUCACCUGUCGCGCAUGUCAACACGACCCUCUGUGUACGCAACGCGCCCUGCCAAGGCAAUAUUACAUCACCACCUCUGCAUCAUCCUCAUCGUCUGCACUUUUACACCUUCCCCCACCUCCACGCGUAAUCUCAGAGUUUUCAGUAAUCCCAAAUAUUUGGAAGGAUUCUUUAAGAGUAAAACUGUUCAUCAUGGCCAUAUCUUUCAGCGUGUUGUAUAUCUAUGUGGUGCGUUAUCGGAAAUCGUGCUUCCACUGCUUUAGAGACUAGUUUAGACCUGUAUGGAUAUUUAAUUAUUGUAUUAAAUUAUGUGUGACUUGAGUAACUUAUAAAUGAAUAAUAAUAAUAAUAAUAAUGAAUAAGAAAAAACAAAAAACAAAAAACAGGAGAUGAUGCAUCAUUGAGUGAUGAGAGACAGAGGAACGGACGUCGGUAGCGUGUAGAGACGUUCAGGACGGAGCGAACGUGCGACGUUCAGAUACAUCCUGGUACUUUUACUGUGUAACGAAGGAGUCUGUCUCGCAGGACCGAUCUGUUCAAAACAUUAAAAUUCAGUGUACAAGGUUUGUUGAGUGCUGUGGUUUGUAUCAAAUGUCACUAAUAUAUGAAAUUGUAAAUAUUGAGAAAUGCCUGUAGGACAAGAGGAAGAAAACGCUUCAGGACAUGCAGUUGUUGGAAGAUAAUCAACUUCGGUGAGGCGACGGGAACUUGGCUUAAAUCGCACGACUCCGUUGUUGAUUACUUCUCGAUAACAGCACAUCCCCAAGUGUUUCAAUCCCUACGUACUACAUAAACACACACAAAAGAGAAAUAGCAGCUCUUACUUUGCCCAGGUUUAUUUAGGAGGAACGGAAAAAAAAAAACCCCAAAAAAACAUAAUACGAAGAAAGAAAAAAAAAAAAAAAUCUGAAAUCGACUGAUUCUCGUGUUACUCCUUCAUUGUGUUCCAACAGUGUGUUGAAUUAAACAGUUUAGUGUAACUACAUAUUCCAAAUAAAUAUUUCCAUUUACCUUUAAAUCAUAUUAAAUCACAGACACCUCACACCCACUUCACCCUGCCCACUUCCAUUUUCUUCAAUCAUUUAUUUAUUUAUUUCUACAGUAGGCUGGUACUAAUAAUAGCCAUUCAAAUAAUUCAUAUCCAUUUCCCACACACCGGUUUUAAAUAUACAGUAUGGUACACAGUUACACUAUUUACACGUGUGUUACAAGCGCAAGAACCCUCUCACUGCUCCAUCAGAAAAUGAUUAAAAAGCCGGGGGGGGGGGGAUCUAGGUUAACACGCACUUCCAGGACGAAUGAAAAGAAGGGGGGAAAAAAAACAAAAAAAAAGAAAUACAGAAUACACCUGAUAGAAACUCAUCCACUUCAUACAUACAUUCACUUCUCCCACACACACACCAGGGGCGAACAAUACAAAAGUGCUUGGUUGUAGCGUAACGAGCCGUUCUCGAGCCUUCCGCACGUUUACGUUCAACACGCUUCCAGUUCUUAUUACUUAAAAACAA